AAAAAGAUCAGUGUCAUUCCUGCAUGCGUAUCAUCAUAGCACGAUGAUUGUGAACUGGUGGCUAGGCGUUAAAUAUAUAGCAGGCGGUCAGUCCUGGUUCCUUGCGAUGUUGAAUACAUUUGUGCACGUGAUCAUGUAUUCUUAUUAUGGAUUGUCUGCCCUUGGUCCUUCAGUUCAAAAAUAUCUCUGGUGGAAAAAGUACCUCACUAUGCUCCAACUGAGCCAGUUCUUUGCUGUUGUGAUACAUACGGGUGUUAAUAUGACGCAAACAGACUGUGAUUUCCCUCAAGGAAUUAAUUACGCCGUAUUUUAAUAUGCCAUAUCUCUAAUUAUACUCUUCGCCAACUUUUUUCAAAAAUCAUAUUGCAACAAUAAAGAAAAGAGCCGAUAACACUUCAGGCUGGAUUUGGUGAAGCAUCGUGUACCAGUCCAUUUUAACGCCGCCUUUAACCCAACCCAUCAGCCAGUGCGGGGGGGGGGGAGAGAAAUGAGAUGAGUUUUAUCGACUCAAUUCGGUUAUCGUGGUAAUGUUAUUGCACCAAAAAAAGGCGGAGAUAUGGCCAUCUGGUAAAACUGGAAGGAUUUUACCUUAUGACUGUCUCAGCAGGACAUUUACAAGGGUUUAAAAAUACAAAAGUAAAUAUCCCCGCCCUUCCACCGAGGCUGGGGACUUGAUUAUAAAUGGCUGUCAAUAUGAGUGAUGUCUGUUUUAGUUUGGCAAGAUUGUAAAUGUGGUUCAUUAACGCUGUUUAUAAGUUUAAAAAAAGAUAUUUUAAAGAAAGAGAAAAAAAUUCAGUUUAUAUGGAACAACAGCGUUGUUAUUUGAGUAUAUUUAUGCAUGUUCUUUUUGACAUUUUGAUCAGUUCAAUUUUUUAAACUAAAGUUGUAUUUAUUUGUUUAAUGAUGCUUCAAUUAUUUAAAUUCUCGUAUAAUUAAAAAUAGAUUUCUC